AAGUUUAAAAAAAAUAAAUAAGGCAACUCUAAUAAUAUAGCUGUGAAGGGGAAGUGAGAGUGGCAGCUGGAGAGGUUUCUAAAAGCUGGAUGAGGGUGAUGGUUGGAAGAGUCCACUCCCAAUCUCCCCAGUGUAGGACAGUGGGAGAGAGUGGAGCCAAAAAGAAGGCUUGGGGGAAAGUUGUGGAAGGGGGUGAUAAGGGCUUGUGUCCGGGAGGGAGCCUGUUCACCAGGUCACAGGAGCCCUUAUCAGGCUAGCAUUUCCGACCCAUUCCCAACCCCUUCCUGCCUCUGACCAGGCCCUCCCUGGAGCUGGAAGCAAGAAGGACCAAGUCACACCCGGGAAGGAGCUCUGUGCCUGUGGAGGAUUUUUUUUCUGCCUACCUGUCCCCAUGCCUCUCCUCCUCUUGCUGUUCCUGCUGCCAAGCCCUUCAUACCCCCACUCCAUCUGUGAGGUCUCCAAAGUGGCCAGCCAGCUGGAAGUGAACUGUGAUAGCCAGGGGCUGAAGGCACUGCCUCCAGAUUUGCCACCAGAGACAGCCAUCCUCCACCUGGGUAAGAACCCCCUGGGCACCUUCUCCACGGCGUCCCUGGUGCCUCUGACUCGCCUCACUCAGCUGUACCUGGGUGAGAGCCAGCUGACCAACCUGCAGGCUGAUGGGAAGCUGCCACUGCUGGGGACCCUGGAAAUACCCUACAAUAAGUUGAAAAGCCUGCCCUUGCUAGGACUGGCAUUGCCAGCACUCACUACCCUGGAUGUCUCCUUCAAUGUGCUGGCCUCGUUGUCUCCUGAUGCCCUGGAUGGCCUGAGCCAACUCCAAGAGCUCAACCUGCGUGGAAAUAAGCUAAAGACUCUGCCCCCCCGGCUCCUGGCGCCUACAACCCACCUGAAGAAGCUUGAUCUAGGUGAAAACAAGUUAACAGAGCUGCCUCUUGAGCUCCUGUGUGGGUUGAAUGAGCUCGAAACCCUCUACCUCCAAAGUAACUGGCUGCGAACAAUACCAAAGGACUUCUUUGGAGACCUCCUCCUGCCUUAUGUUUUUCUCCACGGAAACCCCUGGUUCUGUAAUUGCAGCCUCCUCUAUUUCAGUGAAUGGCUGCAAGAGAAUAGCAACAAUGUCUACUUAUGGAAUAAGGGUGUGGACGUCAAGGUCACAACCCCCAAUGUGAGGAGUGUGCAAUGUGUCAAUAUACCCAGCACACCCGUCUUUGCCUACUCAGGGGAGGGCUGCCCCUCCCCCAGUGAUAUGACAGCCCCAGGCAGCUCUACUACGGAGUCUACAACAACAACUGUGAUCUGGUCCUCUACUAACACCAAAUAUACAACAUACCAGAGCCCACUCGACCCAGAAUCUACUGCUUCUUCUCUAGGCAGCCCAAAGUCCUACUUGCCUCCAACCCAAGACUCCACUAAGGAACAGACCAUAUUCCCAACCACCACAGAAUCCAUCACAUUCUCCCAAACUCCAAAACUCACUAUUGAACACACCACAACCCCGACCAGUCCAGAGCCCACCGCAACCCAGACCAUUGCAGAAACCACCACAACCCUGGCUAUCUCAGAACCCACCACAACCCCAACCAGUCCAGAGCCCACCACAACCCCGACCACCCCAGAACCUACAACCCCGGAACCUACCACAACCCCGACCACCCCAGAACCUACAACCCCAACCAGUCCAGAGCCCACCACAACCCUGACCACCCCAAAACCUACAACCCUGGAACCUACCACAACCCAGAUCACCCCAGAACCUACAACACUAACCAGUCCAGAGCCCACCACAACCCUGACCACCCCAGAACCCACCACAACCCCAACCACCACAGAACCCACCACAACCCCGACCACCCCAGAACCCACCACAACCCCGACCACCCCAGAACCCACCACAACUCCAACCACCCCAGAACCAACCAUAUUCUUAACUACCACCUCAAAAUCCCCAACCAUUUCUGGAUUUUUGGACCCCCGGGUCUGUGGCGUGACUCAAGGGAAUGUGGAUAGCUCCAGAAACGACCCUUUUCUCAGCCCUGACUUUUGUUGUCUCCUUCCCCUGGGCUUCUACAUCUUGGGUUGCCUGUGGCUCCUGUUUGCCUCUGUGGUCCUCCUCUUGCUGCUGACCUGGGUCGGGCACGUGAAACCACAGGCCCUGGACUUCGGCCAGUCUGUCGCCCUGGCCACAGCCAUGCACACCACACAUCUGGAGCUGCAGAGGGGAAGGCAAGUGACCAUGCCCCGGGCCUGGCUGCUUUUCCUUCAAGGGUCAAUUCCAACUUUCCGCUCUAGUCUCUUCCUGUGGGUCCGGCCUAAUGGCCGUGUGGGGCCUCUGGUGGGAGGACGGCAGCCCUCAGCCCUGAGUCUGGGUCGUGGUCAAGACCUGCUGGGUACAGUGGGCAUUAGGUACUCUGGCCACAGCCUCUGAGGGGUGGGCAGUUUGGGGACCCUGAGAGGCUCUGAUGGGCUUUCCUAUCGGGAUCUAGCUGUGGGUGGGUGGGUGGAUAAGCACAUGAUCAGAGAGAGGUCUUACUUUUCCUUUAUCAGAAGCCUCUUCUUCACACCACAGGAAUACAACCUCAGACCCAGCAAACCAGGAUGGGUAGUGAGAUGGGAGUUUUGUGGGGCAUAGAACAAAACUCCCAAUGCUGCAUGGGGUUGGGGUCUCUCAGGCCACUAUGUUAUUAACACUUUGGGGAAAGUUUUAGGAAAAAUAAACAGAAUAGUGCGGUCCCAUUUAUCUGUGUAUUGAAAAUUUGAAAAGAAAUUCAUUAAGAUGUGAGCCCUGAUUGUCUCUGGGUGGUAGAAAUAUGGUUUUCCUUUCCUCUGCUUAGCAUUUUCUAGUUUUCUACCAUCAUAUAUUAUUUGUAUAAUAAAAAAUUUAAAAAAGAAAAAUUGGAUUCUUUUCGCAAGGGAGAGUAGCUGGGGCACCUGUCACUAGCAUUCCCAAGGCCCCAGCUGCCCCUACCUUAGUUGUACUACUCAUCCAAAAAAAGCUUUUGUCUUAGUCUGUACUUCCCCUGCCUGGGAUGCCUACCUCUCACCUCCAGGGGUGACCACCCUCUAGGCCACCCCAAGCACAUUUCAGUUCAAGAACCACGUUUCCUUGGAGCUCAGUGAUACUGUUGAGGCAUGCCUGCCUGUGGCCCACAGGACUAGGAGUGAAGAAGGUAGGGGACUGCUCCCACCUGCAACCUCAGAAAUGCAGUCUCCUGCUUUGCCCAGGUGAGUGGGACAGAGUAAGGGUGUGGGCCAUCUUGUUAGGUUUUACUGAACAGUUUGAGUUCCCUACUCUCAAGCUAGGAUGCAGGCAAAUGGAAACCACUUUUCCCCUGGUGCCAUAGAUUCUGACAUCCUCCUUACCACAUUCAAUGGUUUCUUCUCUCCUGCCUUGUCCCCAGCCCAAACCAAGGCUUGGGGCCCAGGGAACGGGAGUGAAGACAGCCUUUCUGGCUCCAUGGAAACCCCCUGCUUCAGAUAGUGCUGGAAGAAUUUCCUAAAUUGAAAAUCUGACUGCUUCUCUACUGCUUUGAGCUCUUCCCUGGACAGAGGACAGACUCUUGAGCUUGGCAAUCAAGGACUUCUGUACACUGACCCAUCGAAUAGUCUGACUUUUCUCACAACAGGUUCCUCAUAACCCAUGCUCCAGCUAUUGCAAAUCUCGCAUAGAUCACCUGCUUCCCAGACCUUCUCCUCUAAGCCUUUGCUCUCCUGUCAGCCAGGAGUGCUGCCCCACCCCCAUUCCCUGGCCAGUCUAACUGCUACUGUGCACAGGUCUCUCCUCCCCAGGCUGGGCCAGAUGCUCCAAGUUACCUGGCAACUGUCUAUUGCUACACUCCCAGUUCCCCAACUCUUCCUGUGUCAUCUUCCCCUCUGGACUUGGAACUCCUUAAGUACAAGGUUCAGGCCUCAAGUGUCUCAAAGUGGCCACUAUGGCCCAGGCCAACAUGUGUAUGGAGCGGGUAAGAAGAGAGGCAGAGGAGGGAGGGCCCAGCAGGGAUGCCAGGCUGCUGAGCUCCGCCUCUUCUUCUAUUGAUGAGGCUCUGCCAAGGGGACAGCUCCCACCUGCUGCCUGCCUGUCCCCUGGCCUGGCUCAGGCUUCAGGCCUCACUCUGCCCAACCCUCUUUCCAGUUGACCUUCUCAUGCCCUUUUAUGCCCCAAGAGGUUUUUAGGCUCCUUGAGGGCAGGGCCUGGGAGUCAUUCAUCUCCUUCUAAAGAAUCGGACAAGGCAGUCACUCUAGAGCUUAGAGCCCAGAUCAAGUCUUUGGCUAACACCCUCCUGUUUCCUCAAGCCUCCAGGCUUCGGGGGCCUGGCUCCGUGCUCACUCCCUUGAGCCCGGCCGCUCUACUCCACCACAGGUCAGCCUUCUUCUUUUAGAUUCUUUAUUCCCUCCCUCUUUAGGCCACAGAAGCAGUCACCAGACCCUACAGGCUUUUCCUGGGGAUUAUGUGAGAUGACUUGUGCUGACUUGUGCAUCUGUCGCAUUCUUGGGUGAGUGGCUGGGAAGCAAGACAUGGGGCCUAAAUUUUGGUUUUCCUUACCCCAUCAACUGCUGCAACAAGACUGAUUGACAUAUCAUUUGCAUGAAACGAGCAGUGAUUCUUUUUUUUAAUAAUUUUUCUUAAAAACUUCAGUUCUUGUUCUCUAGGGGCAUCCGCUUCUUGAUCCAAUCUCCUCCCACUCUGGCCCCCACAACUCUCCAGAUUUGGGGGUGGUGUCAUCAAUCCAAUUUAUUGAUUACGUCCUCAGUGAGGUGGAGGGCCACAUCUUCCCACUGCAGACCCCUGACCAUCUUGACAGCUUCUGCUCUCUCCAGUCCCUUCAGCUCUGCCUUAGUUUCCCCACUGAAAAGAGGGAUCCUCUGUUGUCCUAUGUACCCUGAAACUAACACCCAAGAGGAGGUUGGAAAUCCUUAAGGAGUUUCCCAGUUCCCCCAAGGCACAGCCAGGAACAGAGAGGUCAUGAGGUUCAGGACAAGUAGGGCAAGCUGGAACAGGGGUAGGACAGACCAAAGUCCUUUACUGCAGAGGAGGGAACCACACUGUGGAGGUAAAAUAAAUAGAGGGGCCCAGGGCAGCAGUCCAGGCCCCCUGAGGGCACACUGACUGUAGGAGUAGCAGGU